AACAGGAAGAGCCACCUGCUGCUUGCCCUGCCUCCUCCCCCAGCUCACCUGAGGCUGGUGAAGACAGGUAAUCUUCCAUCUAGAUUUUCUUCUGGGUUUUGGCUUCCUUCCGGUCUCCCUGCCACCUCACCUUCUCCGCUGCUGUCCUUGGACCCUAUGGACCCACACCUCUGCCUGCAGGUCAGUCCUCAGACUGUGCCUCCUUGAGAUCCCAAACCUGGUGGGUGGAAGGCAAACAGGAGCCCAGCGUACACUGCCCCACCCCCACCUCUACCCUGAACUCCAGGACAAGUCACUGACCCUCCUUGGGCCUGUCAAAUAAAGAUGACGAAAGCUGACCUGCCCUGGUCAUCUGGCAGCAAAAGAAGAUGAGGAGUGAUGUGUGGAGGGGCUGUGGACACAAAAGGACAAAGUCAGGCAGCUAAAGGCCCUGCUGGGGACAGUGCUGAGAGCCCAGCUUUGGAGCUGUCCAGAUAGGAGCCCCACCAGCUUAACAUGAAGGAGCCAGAACACUGGAAUCUUGGAAGGUGACAAUGGACUUGCUGUGGACUGUGCAGAGGGGCUUGACCCACAGGGCCUAGGCCAGCUGUGGGGGGGAGGGCAACCAUGAAGCUGAGGCUUUGAACCCCCUCCAUCCCCCCGUGACUCUCCUUAAGUCUCCCUGAGCUCUCCGGGCCCCCUACCUUCCCUGGUCCUCUCUAGCUCCAGCUUGGCCCUCAAGCGCAGCUGCAGCAGAUGGCCCAGCUAGAAGCACCCCCUGGCCUGCAGCAGCAUGGGGUGCCCAUGUCUGUGAGCGGUGCAGGAGCCCUAGAUGCGCUGGAGGAACAUGUGGAACUAUGGUGGUCUCAGGAGCCCCGGCGUGCAGCCCUCUGCUUCUCCGUGGCUGUGGGGCUAGUGGCUGGCUGUGGAGCUGGUGGGGUAGCCCUGCUCUACUCUACCAACAGCCGCUCAGGUGAGUGGCGCCUGGUGAUGGGCACCGUCCUCUGCCUGUUGGCCCUGCUGGUGCUGGUGAAGCAGCUGCUGGGCUCAGCUGUGCAGGACAUGAACUGUAUCCGGCAACCCCAGCACGUGGCCCUGUUGCGCAGUGGGGGAGGAGCAGACAGUCUCGUGGUCCUGGUCAGUGGCCUGGUGCUGCUGGUCAGUGGCCUAGUGCUGGUCAGCCUGGCUGCUUCCCACACUUCUGGCCCCGGCCCCAGCCCCAGCCCAGCCAGGCCCCUGGCCACUAUGCUAACUGCGGGCAUCAUCCUGGGUGUCAUGGGGGCCCUCCUGCUGUUGGGACUGCUGCUCUACCAAGUCGGCAUGGGAGGCCGCUGCCUUCUGCCCACCACAGCUACAGGCUCAGGUCGAGGCCGGGGACGAGCAGGCAGCAGCAUCUUCAGUAUCUCUGGACGGCUGCCAACCACGCCCAGCAUCGCCAGCCUCCUCGGAUUGGGCCACAGCAGCAGUUGAAACCCCAUUUGACUUUCACUGGUGACCUCUAGGUCCAGCUACCAGCCUCUGCCCUCUGGCCUCCCACCUCACAGGCAACCCACCCCACCAACUGCCACUCCCUUGUCACUGCCUUCAGCCUCUACCUCCACCUUCUUCCAUCCUCUGACUUCCAAUACUGACCUCCAGGACCCUUCUCUAUUCUCCCACCUUCCAUCAUCACUAACAGGUCUGGCUUACAUGUGGUGAUGGUCAACGUAGCUUGGCCAUAUGUGUUAUCUGUAAUCAGAAAUCCCAUAUCUGUCCUGCUGUUCCUUUCCCACACAUGAAAACUCCAUCCUUCUUGGGGAUCACCAGACCUUCCACCUUCCAACAGCCUCCUAAAAGCAGCCAAGCAGAAAAUCCUCCAUCCCAAGUCAGAGAUUCUGUCUGAACCCCUUUAAAUGAGAUAAUAUUUGUAAAGCAUGUAGCACAGUACCUGGCAUAUAGUAAGUCCUUAAUAAAUGCUUAUUAACCCUCCCACCCAGUCAGAGACCCCCUCAUGACCCCCAUCCCACCUCAGGGACCCCCUUUAACCUCCCCAUCCCAGCUCAGAGAUUCCCCUCUGACCUUUAAUCCAGACCAAGGACCCCCUGAGCCUCCCCAUCCCAGCUCAGAGAUUCCCGUCUGACCCUUAAUCCAGACCAAGGACCCCCUGAGCCUCCCCAUCCCAGCUCAGAGAUUCCCCUCUGACCUUUAAUCCAGACCAAGGACCCCCUGAGCCUCACCAUCCCAGCUCAGAGAUUCCCCUCGGACUCUCUCCCCAGCUUAGAAGAGACCCUCCCACUCCGACCUUGUUAACCCCUCUCAUCUCAGGUCAGGCUCCCAAAUAAAGGUGCUGGACAACACCAUGCAGUGAAGUCCACAUUUAUGAAGCACUCCUGUGCACUGAGUUCUUAGAUCAGACCCAGUUCUGACCCUAGGGAGACCCAACAGCCACAGCUCAGAGUGAGCUGGGUUGUUUCAGGCAGCCCACCAAGAGGGGCAAACCCAGAGCUGGGAAAACUUACAGGGACUUGUCCCUCUAGAUUAUUUCACUUGGGAUCUCAUCAGCUCCUGGUCUCAGUUAUCAUCUCUAUGUAGAUGUCUCUCAUAUCUAUUCGUGUAACCCUAACUUGUCUCCUGACCUCCAGUCUCACAUCUCCAGCUGUCUUUUAGAUGUCUCAUACUGGGUGUCUUGUAGACCUGUCCAAAAGUGAACUCAUCAUCUUUCCCCGAGAACCCUCCCCUUUUCCUAACUUUCCUCAUACUGUCCACAGCACCACCAGCUUCCCAGUCACCCAGGCUCAAAAUCUAGGCGUCAUCCUCGACUCCUCCCUCUCUUCCCCCGUAUCCAAUCUGUUGCCUUGUCCUGUAACUUCUGUCUUCACAACAUCUGUCUCCUGUACCUCUUUCCUCUGUCACCGUUCUGCUACAAGCCCUUGUCACCUCACCCCUAGACUAUUGUAAUAGCUGCUGGUUGGUCUCCCUGCCUCAAGUCUCUACCCAUGCCAAUCCUUCCUCCACUCAGCUGUCAAAAGGAUCUUCCUGAAGCACAGGUCUGAUAGUCCAUCACUGCCCUCAACUGUGCUGGCUCCCUAUUACCUUCAAGAUCAAGUAUGAAAUCCCCUCUUUGACUUUCAAAGCCCUUCAUGACCAAUCUUCUUAUGUCUUAUAUUCCUCCACAUACCCUUUAUUCCAGGUAUACUGGCCUCCUUGAUAUGGCUUAACUGCAACACUCUGUCUCUCUACUCGCGUGGUUUUCGCUCACUGUCUCCUAUGUCCAGAAUGCUGUCCCCCUUCAUCUCUGCUUCCUGGCUUCCUCAAAGUCCCAGACAAAAUCCUACCUUCUACAAGAAGAGUUUCCCAAUCUCCCUUAAUGCUAGAACCUUUCCUCUGUGGAUGACCACCAGUUUAUCCUGUCUACAUCUCCUUUGGUACACAGUUGUUUGCAUUUUGUCUCUUCCUUUAGACUGUGAGCUCCUUGAGGGCAGGGACUUCUUUGUUGUUGUC